GUCAGUUUUCAUUACAAAAUAUAAACAUAUGCCGAAGGAAGAGAAAUACGUCGAAUCGUGGAUUGUUGGAUGGCGGAAUAUUUAUUUCUUCAUUAUUUCAGCAUAAACAGUGAAUAUUUCAGGUCCUGCUAAGUCCCAGUGCAUGAAAUGUGAAUGUAAAUAAACGUGAACAUUAGGGAAUGCAUUGCUGUGUCAGAGAUUGCGAUACCGACGAGAAUGUCGUCAAUUGCACAUCUGUGUUUUUCGUUGGUUUUCCAUCCGACACAACGCUACGAUGCGAUUGGUUGAAUAUACUGACCGCCCACAACGCCAUACCGGAAGAGGUUACGGAACACACAAAAAUAUGCAGCUGCCACUUCGACGACGAAUCGUUCGGGAAGCAUCCCGUGCAUGGCUAUCGAUUCCUUCUUCCGACGGCGAUUCCGACCAUAUUGCCCGUUUCGCAGGAUGUGUCGAUCCUCCCGGAUGAUACAAAUGUGAUUGUGGAAUCUUUUGACACUGCAAGCAUCGAAACUCUGUCGAUUGCUCCUGAAGAACCGGAGGAACCAGUUCACUUGAUUCCAGCAACGUCAGCGGUUGACGGGUUGAUAAACACGCCGAAAACAAUUGGAAUUGAGUAUGCCAAUGGGAAAUACUAUUUUCUACAAUCAGAAGAUGAAUCUGAGGAGGAGGAGGAGGAGGUUCCGGCGAACGGUGAGAUCAUUCAAUCCGAAGGGACUCCGCUAGAUGAGGGCGCUAUGAUCGGCACCCAAGAAAAUGGUGAGGAUGUACAAAGUGAAUGCAAGUCGAGUGUCGAUAAUGUCAGUUGGCUUAAAGAAGAAAGCAUACAAUUGAUGGACGAAGCCGGAAUGGUUGUGCCGGAAGAAGCUACAACCGAAAUCGAUAGUAUAAUUGAGGAAGCAAGUGUUAUCACUACAUAUUGGGAUGUUGGGUGUAAUUCCGUGAAAGAGGAAAAUCGUGAUGAAAGCAAUGCGUGCAUGGAAAUGAUUGAAGAGGAUGCAAUCAAAUCGGAGUACGGAACAGUGGAAAUGCUAGAAGACCUCGGGACGCCUUCCGUUUCAAAGGAUAGGAGGGUCGAUAAACAUUUUUGUCAAUAUUGCGGCAAAGGAUUUCCCUAUGGGAGUGGACUCAAGAAACAUUUACUCGUGCAUACAGGAUUGAAGCCACACGCAUGUGAGACCUGCGGCAAGAGAUUUUCCCAGAAGAUAAACCUUACUAUUCACCUGCGGAGGCACACCGGCGAGGAACCGUUCAAAAAGUUCGUCUGCCCCUUGUGUGAGAAGAAGUGUAUACGCUUAAGCGAGCUGAAGAAUCACAUCAAAACACAUUGGAAAAAAACGCCCCAUGCGUGUCCAAUCUGUACAGAGCGCUUCGCAGACAUAACCAACUAUUACGACCACAUCAAAUCGAAGCACAAAGACGAGCUGACCCUGCAGGAAAGCAUCGAUCUGAUCGCACUGAAUGAAAACGCCGAGGUGAUUGUCCCAGGUGAUGGAGAAUCGUUAGAGCUGGAGCAAGGAGUGUGUACGGUUUGCUUUAAAAUAUUCAAAACGGAGCGCUCACUCAAAAAGCACAAACGAAAAAUGCAUCCCAAAAUAUUUGUGUGUCCGAACUGUCCGAAGCAGUUCCUGUACAAAAGCCUACUGGAUAAGCAUACGCGUGUUCAUACGCAGGAGAAACCAUUCAGAUGUUCGGAAUGUGAAGCGGCUUUUUCCCAAAAGAUAAAUCUCGACAUACAUCUGAAUCGAAAACACAACUUUAACGUGGGAAAUCCGAUAGAGCGAUGCUUCGAGUGUGAAUAUUGCGAUAAAACCUUCGAUCGCCCUUCAUCUCUCAAAACCCACACUCGAAUACACACCAACGAACGACCAUUCGCUUGCGCCCACUGUCCGAAAUCAUACGCAACAAACAGUUCCCUGGCAUCGCAUAUCAAAGCAAAUCACCGAGGGGAAUCAGUACUGCUUCAGGCGUCAGCACGCAAAAAAAUCGCCGAUACGGACCACCUUAUUGUGGAAGAACGCGGCGCACCAGAUAUUGUCGAAGAAGUGCAAGAUGCGGACGGCAAUGUGAUACAAUACUCGAUACAAAUCAUCGACCCACCCAAUGUUACGUUAGAGCAAUAGCGGAGCCCUAGUCUAGAUUAUGUUUCUCUAGAAACUAGGCAAUAAUCAAGACAAAGUGAUAUAAAUCGUUGGUCCAUCGCUUUUUCUCAAUUUAACGUGUGUUAUGCUUAGAAACGUGUCCGUGUCCAGCUUCAUUCAACCUUUGUGCUUCUUGAGUACAUCGUAACUGUGGGGGAAAAAGUGAAAAAAAAUAUACACGGGAAUGUAUUUCAACCUCAUUUUAACGUAGAACAACCGUCUAUCAUGGUUUAUCCGAAAAAUGAUCAUGGUUUGUCCGGUUUCAGAAAACGCUAUUUUUGAAUGAAGAAAUUCGAAUUUUCAAGAAGAUGUUGUAUUUCUCAUUGCUUGAGUUUACUGUCAUAAUAUUGAUCCAUUUAUAAUUCAGCAAUGCAGAUUGCAGAUUUGGUUGGAGGAAUAUAAGUUUCCACAGCAUUUGGGAAUUUUUUGACGCAUGUUUACAUUUUGAAAAGGGCGUAUCAAUUUUAGAAGGAGAAAUCUUUGAUAAUUUAUAUCUCAAAAACUAUGAGUCCUACCAAAAUAGUGCUUUAGAAAGAGUUAUAGAGUAUUGAUGUCCAAACGUGAAAAAAAUAUUACUUUUUUUAUUUAUAAAAAAAAAACUUUAAUUUGCAAUAUCUAAAAUAUAUAUAUUUUUUUAUUUUUUUUUUGAAUUUUUUCAUGUGAAAUAGGAGCUAUGUAGAAAAUUUAAAAAACGAGUACAAAAUGGUGAAACUAUUUUUGACGAACUUUGUGGAACAUCGAAUUUUUAUGAAUUUUCGAAACUUCGAAUUUUUGUAUGUUAACAAUCAUUUUAGCCACAAAUUAUGAAUUCUGAUGUGAUUUAAAACAAAAAAAGCUCUUUGUCAAUCUCCUUCUAAAUGCAGCCAUUCUCGAGGUAUUUCAAAAAACAUUUCUAAUUUAUUGUCCUUUUUAUAGUAAAUAGACUCUUUUAAUAUGUUUGCCUUGUUAUACCGCCAUGUUCAUGAAAUUUUAUGAAUUUGCCUAUAAUUUCCAACAACUUUUCCGAAUACAUCAUUAUGGUAAAAAUUU